CAUGUGCAGCAGCUGAAGAUGAAGGUUUAAAACAUCGGAUUAUAUCUGGAAUUGUUAUACUUUGUGGUCUUGUUAUAAUUGCAAUAUUAAUUGGUACAAUUGUAACUUUUAUGGAUGAAAAAUUAAAUGAAUUAAAAAAAGGACAUACUACAGUUUAUGAAAAGAAUCAUACGAGAUGGUCACCAAAAAUAUUUGAUAUUAUUCAUGAAUUAAUUAUUGCAAAUGAAAGUCAACGUAAUCCUUCCAUUGUUAUUUUAACAUCAAAAGAACGAAUUGAAAUUCAAUAUUUAAUUAAAAAUAAAAUACAUGAUACAAAAAAUACAAGAAUUAUCUAUAGAAAUGGUGAUCCAAUGUCGAUCAAUGAUUUAAAUAAAUUAAGUAUUAAUCAAGCACGAUCAGUAAUAAUCUUGGCAUCAGAAACAAAUCACAAUUCGGAUAUUAGAAUAAUCAAAACAAUAUUAGCUAUUAGAAAUAAUCCACAACGAAAUAAUAUUAAUUUUCAUAUAGUAGCCGAAAUCAAAGAACGAAUUAAUUUAGAAGCAGCAAUGAUUGCAGGAGGAGAUGAAGCAAUAUUUGUCUACGCUGAUGAAAUAACUGCGCGUAUUAUAGCUCAAUCAUGUCGACAAAGUGGUUUAACUGUAAUAUUGACAACUUUAUUAUCAUUUCAAAAUGAUGAAAUUUAUUUUAAAUAUGAAAAGGCACUUGUUGGUAGAACAUUUUAUGAUGCAAUAUUUUCAUAUAAUAAAUGUUCAGUAAUUGGAUUAAUGUUAGCUGAUGGAACAGUAAAAUUAUGUCCUCAAUUAGAUACAAUAAUCAAUAUGGAUGAUAAAAUUAUUGUUAUUGCUGAAGAUGAUGAUAAAAUUAUAUUAUCAUCUGAUAAUUUAUCACGUAGUACUCGAUCAAUAUCAGCAUCAACAAUUAAUCAUAACAUAAAUUCACCAUCACAACAGAUGAUUAGAGGAACAACAAAAAAAGUUGAACGAAAUCUUAUACUCGGAUGGAAUAAUAGAGCUCCAUUGAUUGCGAAAGA